GAGAGAGAGGCAGGCAGGCAGGCAGUGUUAGUAGAGCACAGACAGAAGACAGCAGCUAAAGAAACUGUUGGACUGAAGGAACACAAGAAUGAAUCAGAAACACACAGCAGCAUAAAGAGAGAUAAACACAGGACAAACACCAAGAGGAAGACUCUGGACUUAGUGCUUGUGUUCCGAUAGAAAGAGAGAAGUCUCUUGUCCUCCGUCCGUGGUUGUGCCAGGCAUGGCGUCGGAACCGGGCGCUCAGUCCAGAGUGAUGUUUCAGACCAAAGAGGAGGUGCCUGCCCAAAGGAAACUGGGCAAACUAACGGUCAAAUACAACCGCAAAGAUCUCCAGAGGAGACUGGACAUUGAGGAAUGGAUAGAUGACCAACUGCACGUGCUGUAUGACUGUGAGGAGGAAGACAUCCCUGAACUAGAGAUUGACAUUGAUGAACUUCUAGAGCUUCCAGAUGAGGACCAGAGAUCAAGACUGCAUGAGCUUUUGCAAGAAUGUGGAAAGCCAAAAGAGGACUUUAUUAAUGGGCUGCUUUAUCGGAUGAAGGGACUGCGCAAGAUGUCUGGAUCUCUGAAGAAAUAGGAUAGGUCAAAGUCUGGAUUGUUCAAGAUAAUGUGAACUUUUCUGCUCCGCCCCCUCCCCAUCCCGGCUGUAGCUCUGCCCCUUUACCUCCCUGUACGUAGAGUCUGUGAGGACUAUUAUAAUUCACCACACACACACGCACGCAAACACACACACACACACGUCAUUGACGGGAGCUUCUCUAAAAAGUGUUUUGACCACUAAUGUACAGUUUUAACAUCCAUCGAGCAGACACAGGUUCACAUCGCAGAUCAAAUGUAUCGCCUACUACUUAAAUGAUUUUUUUGUGAUGUACAUUUGGUUGUCUAUUUAUAUGUUUUCAUUUUGACAAGUGUUGUAUUUAACAAUAAACCAUUUCUUUUCAAGA